AUGCCUGGACACAAAAGUCUGAUUCGUCUACAGGCUGCUAAACAGGAGUACGACUGGGGCAGACAAGGCAGCUCUUCGCUCGCCGCUCGCCUGGGGGUCUGUGCAUUUGGUCAUGGGUUCCAGCCCGAAGAGAAGAAAUACUACGCGGAGAUUUGGAUGGGCACGCAUCCAAACGGCCCGGCCAACAUCUUCGACACUCCCUCUAUCUCCCUGCUAGACCUCAUCCGCAGUAACCCCAAGUACUACCUGGGAGAGAAACUGCUGACGAAGUGGCCAGCGACGAUACACGUCCCGUACCUCUUCAAAGUGCUGUCCAUUCGGAAGGCACUUCCUCUCCAGGCGCACCCCGACAAAAGCCUUGCUGAGCAACUUCAGCAGAGAGAUCCCAAUAACUUCGUCGAUGCCAACCACAAGCCCGAGAUCGCAGUCGCAAUCGGGGAACCGCUUUGUCCGGAGGUCGAAGACGCGGACACUGCGUUCACGGGGUUCGUCGGGUUCCGGCCCCUCGAAGAGAUCAAGACGUACCUCGAACACGUCCGAGAACUCACAUCCGCCAUUGGUGAUCCCGACGUCAUCACCAGAUUCACCCAGAACCCGUCUAAACAGACUCUCAAGCAUGUGUAUGGGAAGCUCCUGAAGCGGGGAAUCGAGGCGCGAAACGAGGUUGCUGCCGCGAUCGAGAAUUUGGCCGACCGAAUCAACCAGCAGGCUGCGUACGAUCUCGGGUUCCCGGAUAGUGAGACGCUGGCCCGGCUCGUGGUGAAGGUGAACGCGCAGUAUCCUGGCGAUGUCGGAGUGCUAGCUACCACGUUCUUCAUGAAUCUGGUGAAGCUGAGGAAGGGGGAAGGCAUUUACAUUGGCGCAGAUGAAGUACAUGCAUACCUUGAAGGAGAUAUCAUCGAGUGUAUGGCAACAUCCGACAAUGUCGUCAACGCGGCGUUUGAUUCCCCGGAAUCGCUUGCGCCCCAGGUAGACACGUUCAUCGACAUGCUCUCCUACACCGCGCGUCAGGCCUCCCACUGGGCACUUCCGGCACAGGGCUAUCAACACAGCCGACGCCAUCGCACGGUGAAAUACGAUCCACCGUUGGAGGAAUUCACGGUCCUCGGAACGUUCCUUAGCGCAGCCAAUGCUAAAGAGGAGACUCUGGACGCCGUCGAGGGUCCAACCAUCGGCAUUGUCACCCGAGGAAGACUGAAGGUAUCAUCGACACCGAACACAGGAGGUGCUCAGGACAGCUUGGAGCUGGAUGAGGGUUGCGUUGUGUUCGUUCCACCAGGACAAGAAAUACAGGUAGAGGUGUCAGGUGAAUGUGGCCCCGAGGGAGCCGGGGAGAUGUGGUGGUCGCUGUGGGACGCAUAA